UGCAGGUGCGUCGGUUGAACCUGUACAUGGAGGGCCAGUCGACGCCCUAUAACCAGAUCCUGGGUCAGUUCACGUUGGACCGCUGCUGGGACGAGUGCAUGUUCCGCUCCGAGUACCAACAGCGCCGCACCGCCAUCGAACUCUACAACAGACAGAACCGAUGGACAAAGCGAGGCCUUGCCAUCGUUCCAACAAAGUUUGGCAUCAGCUUCACCGCCCUCUUCCUCAACCAGGCCGGCGCUCUGGUUCACAUCUAUACUGACGGCUCUGUGUUGUUGACUCACGGCGGGACGGAGAUGGGACAAGGACUCCACACCAAGAUGGUCCAGGUACCUGAACACAGCACCACCAUCUAG